AGAGAGUUUAAGAGAUUUUUUUCUUACCCCAUUGGCAGAUAGUUUUACUUGUUUAAAGCACAAAUUCACUUAAUUUGUAUAAAACUAGAUUUUGCUCAUCAAUUUUUUUAUUUUAAUUUAAUAUUUUUUUUAUAUAUUUGUACUGAAAACAAGACAAAAUUACUAAGUAAGAAAGUAAUUUAUUUGCAGUGCACAGUAAAGAUUAAAUUAUAUUUCUUAAAAUAAGUAACAGGUCAUAUUUAGAAACUUAAAGCCCGCCCCAUCUCACUGAGCAGCCAAUCACAGCUCAGAAUGAUCAGGAGGAUCUGGAAGUGCUCUUAAUUUUCUUUUCAUUUAACAGCUUAACUUUUCCAACUUGUUGUUAAACUAAACUAUUUUUAAAAUGUAUUUUAAUCUAAAUUGAAUUGACUGACAUUAAACAGUAUUUAUAUAAUACAAAUAUUAGUAUAGUAUUUUAUUUUAUUGUAAUAUAUGUAUACACACAAUAUAGAGAGAGAUAUUAUUAUGAGUUAAGAUUGAAGUCCCUGUAAUGAUGUUGAGAUGUGAUGAUGUAAUGACAGGUGAUAAGAGAUUUAAAGUAACACGUUUACCAUGUGCUGAGAUUGACCAGCUAACCAUAAACAACAGAUGCUUUAUAUUUAUAUUCAAACAUUUAACCAGAUUUAUUCAUCUGUUUAACUACAUUUUUGAUGAUUUAUGUUUUUACUGUACAUUUAUUCUUUAACAUUGUGCGGCCUGUGUUAAUGUGACCCUGAUUUGCAGCAUUAAAAUUAGAUUUCACAUUGAUUUCUUGAUCUUAUUCAGUUAAUAUUAAAGAUAUCAAGAUAAUAUUGAUCUUUACAUGAUGUAUGAUGAGUUUAUAAAAUGAUUUUUGAUGAAGGUUGAGGUGGUUAAAGAGGUUAUUAGAGGCUGGGUUUGGUUGACGUCACAGAGUUAAUCCGUCCCUGAAUCUUGUGUGUGAGCGCAUGUGAUAAAGAGCAGCACAGGUGCAUUCGUUCAUCAGUCUCUCCUAACACAUCUCAUCCACAGGAGUCACAGAAUCUGAGCCGUGAUGGGACGCAAGGAGAUCCAAUGCAGCUGGAAGAAAAUUACCAACAAUAUAAGAGAUAUCUUUGAUUUUAAAGAAGUCCUGGGCUCGGGCUCAUUUUCUGAAGUGUUUCUGGUGAGAGAGAGAACGACUGGGAACUUUUACGCCCUGAAGUGUGUGAAGAAAAAACAGCUGCACAACUCAAACCUGGAGAAUGAGAUCAAAGUUCUGAGGAGGAUAAAGCACAGUAAUGUGGUGGGUCUGGUGGAUUUCUAUGAAACCCGAACACACUAUCAUCUGGUUAUGGAGCUGGUCUCGGGUGGAGAGCUGUUUGAUCGUAUUCUGGAUCGAGGUGUUUACACAGAAAAAGAUGCCAGUCAUGUGGUCAAACAGGUCCUGGAGGCUGUAUCAUACCUGCAUCAAAACAGCAUCGUUCACAGAGACCUGAAGCCGGAGAACUUACUGUACUACAGUCCAGAUGAAAAUGCUAAGAUCAUGAUCAGUGACUUUGGUUUGUCUAAGAUGUCUGAUCAUGAUGUGAUGUCCACAGCCUGUGGGACACCAGGAUAUGUUGCUCCAGAGGUUUUGGCUCAUAAGCCGUACAGUAAAGCUGUGGACUGUUGGUCUAUUGGAGUUAUAACAUACGUCCUGUUGUGUGGAUAUCCACCAUUCUACGAGGAGAACGAAACGCGACUUUUCUCCAAAAUAAUGAAGGCAGAAUAUGCGUUUCACUCCCCGUACUGGGACAACAUCUCAGAGUCGGCAAAGGAUUUUAUUCGACAUAUGCUGGAGAAAAACCCCAGUAAACGUUUCACAACUGAACAAGCGCUCGAUCACCCAUGGAUUAUCGGUGUGACAGCUCAAAAUGACAACAUCUAUCAGUCCGUCUGUCAACAGAUCCAGAAAAACUUUGCCAAAUCCAGAUGGAAGCGAGUCAUUAAUGCGACAGUUGUAGUUCAGCACAUGCGACGGCUCCAGAUUGCUCAUGCGGAUCCUGUGGUCUCCACCCCACCGCCAUCGAUCGAGGUGAUGGACGUCUCGUCCGUCAGUCCGCCCGCAGACGAGCUGGACACCAAUGGCAACCUAUCGUGCAGUCACAUGAGCCUGUCUCCUCAGUGUGAUGUCAUCAUCAGGCGCGGCCCGCUGAAGGCCUGUAACAGUGAGCCGAUGCACGCGCUGGUCAUCAGUGAAAGCGGACAGCACUCGUAUCAUUCUGAAUCUGAUCUGACCUGUGCCGCCGACAGAACGGGUGCUGCGGAUGGGCGUGGUCAGUCUCUGCAGACCGGAGUCUGCUCGGUGAUGUAAUCAGCUGACUGGUGAAUGACAGCUGUCAGUCAAAUGAAGAUGAUAUCAUCAAAAGAUGGAUUUGUGCGGUGUUAUUUCUUUAAGGGAUUAUCUCCACAACAAACCCACAACUUGAAUCAAGAGUUACACAAGUGCCAACCACACACACACACACACACACACACACAUUCUGGUUUCCAUGUUUUGUGGGGACAUUCCAUAGGCGUAAUGCAUUUUAUACCAUACAAACUGUAUAUUCUAUUCCCCUUACCUGCCCCAUUCCCUAACCCCAACCAUCACAAAAACCUUUCUUGUACCUUAGAUUUUCAAUAAACAUCAUCUUGUUUGAUUUAUAAGCUUGUUUCCUCAUGGGGACAUCAAAAUGUCCCCACAAGGUCACAAAAAAACUGGUAUUCCUAUCUUUGUGGGGACAAUUGGUCCCCACAACGUGAUAAUUACCAGGUACACACACACACACACAUUGAAUGAUGAUUUUGCUCAGGAAUGCUUUGUAAGACAGUAUUGAGAUCAUCUGAUUUGUUUAUUGUAUAAAUUAUAUCUACUGAUUGUAUAUUUAUGUACAAUAGUUGUUAUUUAUGCCAUGGUGCAUCAUGGGAAGGUUUGAUGAUGUCAGAACUGAUGAUUUGUGUACAGUAAACUACUGCAGAUAAACUACUGUUUAAUAUCCUCCAGACUCGUUGUUAUAAUAUUAUGAAAUGAUUAUCAUCACAUAUAAACUCUUACUUUAGGAGCUAAUGAAGUGUGUACUGACACAGAUCCCUGCUGUAACAAACACAAACACUGCUGUAUGAA